AACAGCCUACUGUUUACUGCGAGAGUGUGAGUUGCGAUCGACCGGCGAGGUGGCGACCUAUGGAGGCGGCGACCAGCGGCUACGGACGACGAUAGGUUAGUCAGUUAGUGGUUUAUUGGUUCACUAGUGCUUACUUCUUAGUGGUUCACUGUUGGCUAUUGCGGUGUUGCGCUGCCUAUAACACCAAGUUCUAGGCUCCAAGUUGUGAGAGCUCAAUAACACCGUCCAUUGGCCGGGGGUUUGAUAUAGUUGAGCAUGGUGAGGUGUUUUACUUUGAGUAUGCUGCAGUGGUUGGGUUUGAUGUUUAACGAAUCAUGGUGAAGAAGGACCUAACAGGUAAGACAUUUGUGUGGCAUCUGGUGUGUUCAAGACAGGGAUUCAAACAAGUUCUGCGUGGCCAGUGUGACGAACUAGGGGGUGGGAAUGAUGUAGCAGUUAGGGGUUCGGGUCUUAAGACAUCAAACAGGGUUGGUUGCCCUACGUGGGUUGUUCUGAAAUGGGGGCAUGAAGGUAGGUUUGUUGUUCACCUGUUGGAAAUUAGGCACACGCACCCACUUUGCAGCGACGCGUCACGGUCCUUCAUGUGGUCAAACUACAACAUGGACGCCAUCCACCUAAACUUUGUUGCUAGUUGUGCUAAAGCGAACAUUGGCCCUUCUAAAUCAUUCAAGUUGUGCAGUGAGCUUGUUGGUGGAUUCUCAAAUAUUGGUGCUACGCGCAAUAACUUCCGUAACUUAAAAGGAGACUUGUUGCCAUUAAUUAAGGGUGCAGAUGCACAAAUGGUUAUUGAUAAAUUCCGUGGGAGGCAAGAACGGUGUGGUGAUUUUUUAUUUGACUACGCCGCGGAUGUAGAAGAGCAACUUUGUAGGUUAUUUUGGAUGGACCGUGUUACACGUAAGAGUUACGCUUGUUUUGGGGAUGUUAUGUCGUUUGACACGACGUGUGACACUAACAAGUACAAAUUGGUUUUUGUCCCUUUUACUGGAAUUGAAAAUCACAAGCGAUGUGUGGUAUUCGGUGUUGGCUUGCUUGCCAAUGAAGAUGUGGCCUCUUAUGUUUGGUUGUUGGAGAACUUUAAGCGCGCAUUGGGCAGUGAGCCUAUUUGCACAGUUACAGACCAAAACCUUGCUAUGAGAGUAGCUGCGCCAUAAGUUUUUGAGCAUACACACCACAGAUUCUGCAUGUAGCCGACAUAUAAUGUCGAAGGUUGUUGAAAAGGUUGGGCUAGUAUUAGUAAAGGACUAGGAGUUCCUACGUACUUUGAAUGCUGUUGUAUGAGAUGAACGCAUAACUACUGAGGAAUUUGAGUUCUGAUGGCAUGCAGUUAUGGAACGGUUUGGGCUCGUGGAUCACAAUUGGUUUAACCUAAUGUUCAAAUUGCGCGUGAUGUGGAUCCCUGCGUUUUUCCGGGGCGUAUGUAUGGGCGGUUUGUUGCGUACCACUUCUCAGUUUGAAGCCAUCAAUAGUGUUUUUGGAUGUUGCACCAACCAUCAUGUUAGCUUGGUUGAGUUCUUAUGCCAUUAUGACGGUGCAAUUGAAGCGCAACGAUAUGAGUAGGCGAAGCUAAAUGCGUUGUGCGAAGGGGACCUGCCUAAGAUGAUAACACCAUUGGCAAUAGAG